AUGACCGAACAAAAACCUAUUCUGCUUUGUAUGGGUAAUCCUUUAUUGGAUAUUUCCGUUGUUGCUGACGAAACCCUUCUUAAGAAAUACGGUCUGAAAGCCAAUGAUGCUAUUCUUGCCGAAGAGAAGCAUAUGCCCUUGUAUGAAGAGUUAGUUAAGUCUUACGAACCUCACUAUGUAGCUGGUGGUGCUGCUCAAAAUGUUGCUCGAGGUGCUCAGUACAUUCUUAAGCCAAAUUCAACUGUUUAUUUUGGAUGUGUCGGUAAUGAUAAAUACGCUGAACAGAUGCGCAAGGCUGCGCAGAACGAAGGUUUAAUUGUUGAUUAUUUGGUUACCAAUACACAUCCAACUGGUACUUGUGCUGUUAUUAUUACUAAUAAUGAUAGAUCUCUGGUAGCAAACUUGUCGGCCGCACAAGAGUAUAAAGGUUCCUUACACCUUGAUCUACCUGAAAAAUGGGAAAUUGUAAAAAAUAUAAAAUUUUAUUAUAUUACGGGAUUUUUUAUCUCAUCUUCGUAUGAUUCGAUGUUGAAGAUUGCUAAGCAUGCGGCUGAAACAAACAAGGUUUUUACACUCAAUUUAUCAGCUCCAUUUAUAUGUCAAAAUCCUCAAAUGAAAGAAAGUUUAAGCGAAGUUGUUAAAUAUUGUGAUAUCAUUUUUGGUAAUGAAUCUGAGGCUGAAGCUUUUGCCGCUUCUGAAAAUUGGGAGACGAAAGACCUUAAAGCAAUCGCUUUAAAAAUAGCGAAUCUUCAUAAAAUUAACACAUCACGUUCUCGUGUUGUUAUAAUUACUCAAGGUUCUGAGCCCACAAUUGUUGCAAAACAAAGCGAUGGUAGUGUAAAUGAAUUUUCCGUAAUCCCAAUCAAUGUUAAAGAAAUCGUUGAUACAAACGGCGCUGGUGAUUCUUUUGUUGGCGGGUUCUUAAGUCAGUAUGUGCAAGGAAAAACAAUCGAAGAAUCUGUUAAUGCUGGUCAUUGGCUGGCUAAUAUUAACAUUAAACGUGUGGGACCUACUUUUCCAGAAGAAAAAAUCCCUUAUCCUUCCUGA